ACACAGGUCAAUCCCGAAAAGGAGAAGUUUUGGACCCAUGUGCUUGCUGAUGGCUGUAGAUUAGCACUGCUGUGGAAGUUCGGGGGCAUCUACCUGGAUACUGACAUUAUAUCAUUGAGGUCAAUGCCGUUUGCUAACUUUACUUGCCAAGAGCAGGCAGGAAUAUUCAACAAUGCAGCAUUGGGUUUCCCUCAUAAGCACCAUCCUUUUAUAUGGAAUUGCAUGGAAGGUUUUGUAGUCAAUAUCAUUGAACAUGUUUGGGUUCAACAAGGACCUCAAAUGAUUACCCGUGUGCUGAAAAAAUGGUGCCAGAUAGAUAAUCUAACUGCCUUCAUGGGCACAGAAUGCAAUGGUAUCUCUUUAUGGAUCACAAGCCGGUUCUACCCAAUCCCAUAUUCAGGCUGGGAGAAGUACUGUAUUGCCUGGAAAAAGGAAGAUAGAGAGCAAACCUUCUUGGCUACAUAUGGAAUACAUGUCUGGAAUUUCAUGAAUUCCAGCAAGAAAAGAAAUCUGGUUGCAGGAAAUGGAUCAUUAUUGGAAUAUGAUUUUCAGAUGUAUUGUCCAACUUCAUACAGAAUAUUAAUCCAUUAAAUAACUAGUUUUGAUACAUUUAGUGUUUGAUCUAUUGCAUCUCUAGACCCCAUGAAGUUGUAAUUUAGUACAGAGAACAGGUGUUGCAUUUUGGGAUGUCUAACAAGGGCAGGAUAUACACAGUGAAUGGUCGGCCUCUGGGGAAUUUUGUAGAGCAGAGGGAUCUAGGAGUGCAGGUGCAUGGUUCCUUGAAGGUCGAGUCACAGGUAGAUAAGGUGGUCAAAAAUGCUUUUGGCACAUUGGCCUCCAUCAGUCAGAGUAUUGAGUAUGGAGUAUGGAGGUCAUGCUGCAUUUGUAUAACACAUGGGUGAGACUGCAUUUAGAAUAUUAUGUCCUGUUCUGGGCACCAUGUUAUAGGAAAGAUAUGGUCAAGCUUGAAAUGGUUCAAUGAAGAGUUACAAGGAUGUUGCCAAGACUAGAAUGUGUGAGCUAUAGGGAGAGGUUGAGCAGGCUGGGUCUAUUCCUUGGAGAAGGGAGGGGUGAUGUUAUAAAAGUGUGUAAAAUCAUGGGAGGAAUAGAUCGGAUAGAUGCACAGAGUCUCUUGCCUAGAGUAGGGGAAUCGAGGACCAGAGGACAUAGGUUUAAGGUGGAAAAGAUUUAAUAGGAAUCUGAGGGAUAACUUUUUCCACACAAAGCGUGGUGGGUGUAUGGAACAAUCUGCCAGAGGAGGUAGUUGAGGCUGGGACUCUUCCAACAAUUAAGAAGCAGUUAGAUGGUUACAUGGAUAGGACAGGUUUGGAGGGAUAUGGACCAAGUGCAGGCAGGUGGAACUAGUGUAGCUGUGACAUGUUGGCCGGUGUGGGCAAUUGAUACAGUGUUUCCACACUGUAUCACUCUAUGACUAUCUGCUCUCUAGAAAGGUGCAGGAAAGAUCUGGGUGAGGAACAUUUAAUCUAUCAUCCAUAAUCAACACCAACCCACAACCCAAUAUCUAAACUGCUUGACUGCAUUGGCCCCAGCCUAGAUACAGCAUGUCUGAACAAUGUUUGAUUCAGAUAUUGGGUAAAGGGGCUGUCCCACUGCGGCAACCUCAUCCGUGAGUUCAGAAGACUGUCUUUGACCUUCAAGCUCGAGGGCACUCGCCUGGAAAACCUCGAGCCGGAUCGACCAUUAGCGAUGAAACCGCAAGCUGGAUCGAUUGACCACAAACACACACACACACACGAACGCACACACACGAACACCCAAACUGAACAGGAAGGUAAAAGACGUCUGGCACAUACCGGUCGAUUUUCCUUGGACUUGAAAACUCCAAUGAGCCAAUUAAAAUGGCCGGUCAGCGAAGGAGAUUGCCUAUGGCUGCCCUUGACUGCCUAUAACUACAGGCAGUGUGAACUACACACUUCACGAGUUCAAAAGAAACAUGCCGACCAAUUUUUACUCGCGGAAAAAUUUUCAACAUGCUGAAAAAUGUUUCUCAACCAAACUGAGGCCGCGAGUAGACUCUCUCGAACUCUCUCUAACUUCUACAGGUGCACAGUAGAGAGCAUGCUGACCGGUUGCAUCGUGGCUUAGUUCGGCAAUUUGAGCGCCCUGGAGAGGAAAAGACUACAAAAAGUAGUAAACACUGCCCAGUCCAUCAUCGGCUCUGACCUCCCUUCCAUCGAGGGGAUUUAUCGCAGUCGCUGCCUCAAAAAGGCUGGCAGUAUCAUCAAAGACCCACACCAUCCUGGCUACACACUCAUCUCCCUGCUGCCUUCAGGUAGAAGGUACAGGAGCCUGAAGACUGCAACAACCAGGUUCAGGAAUAGCUACUUCCCCACAGUCAUUAGGCUAUUAAACCUGGCUCGGACAAAACUCUGAUUAUUAAUAACCACUUUCUGCUAUUUGCACUA